GCUGUUUACUGAACAGUGCGCCACAGUCUCGGUUCGGCCUCGCGACCUAGGGCUGUUUUGUAACGGCUUUGAUGUUUACAUACAAGGAGGAAAGUAUGACAUAAUUUGCUGAAGCUUUUUCAUAGUUCAAGAUAAUACAACUUUUUAUCGUUAUGUUGGCUACAAUAAUCAUGUUGACAGUUUAGGAACUAGUCUACAUGUGCGGGCGCAAGGUGAGACUUCGUGGAACGGGGAAAUCGAAGGCUGCGCUAUCCCCGAGACAGUUGAAAACUUAAUAGAAUACUACAGGCGAGGAAAAUGGAUGAUAACAACAAUGACAACGCUCGCUGCAAGUCGUCUGAGGAUAACCACCGCGACUCACCAGUUGACAGCGGGGCAACAGGCGAUGUUGGAGCUGGAGGUCUAGAAGAAGUACAGCUGCAUCUCACUUGCCUACCGGAGCGGUACAUGAUGGCCAAGUUCACUUUAUCAGCCUAUAUGCUCUGCUGGGCAGCACUGAAACUCUACCAGAGACUACGAUGCACUCCUGCCACUCAAGAGGUGAAACAGACCCAGGAAGCUCUUGAAGACUCGGAGGGACUCAGGAACCCAGAGGGAUUAGGAUUAGAGGUGGAGGACGGGGAUUUGGGUGCCGGUGACUCCCAGGACUGGAGCGAGGACGGGGGGAGGACCAGGGACGGUGGGGUUGACAUUACGUCGUCGGAGGAGUACUUUGACUCGCGGUCGUGGCACAGUGACACGCUGUGUGACACUCUGUCAGACCUGAGCCCGGACAGCAGCGAGGACUCUCUGUCUGCCAUACUGGGGGUGGAGGACGUACGCACGGGAUGGAAGAACAGCAGAUACCACACCGCUGGGGACUGUAGAGCCAGACGCACAGCCGAGAGGAGCCAGCACAGCCACAGCACAGAGAACGCAGAGACUGACGUACGCGGACCCAGCAAAGAGAAACACAACCAGACCUGCACAGAGACAGCACAGAGUCAACCUGGCAACACAGAGAAGAAGCAACACAAUCACAGGACAGAAACACAGCACAGCACAGAGUUGCACAAUCAGCUCAGCACAGUGAUACAUAAGACAGGAGUAACAACCCAGCACAACCAAGGGAAAGUCAGCACAGAGGUUCGUAUCACUGAAAUCACAGGUAAUCAGAAUGCACCAACGUUAGUGCUUCACACAGAGUCACACAAACCGAAUCGCUCAGACAGACACAAAAUCAACAUCGCACAAAGCACAGAAACAUUUGCACAGAGAAACAGCACAGAGGAAACUAGCAGAGAGACACGAUCGCUGAGCAGCACCGAGAAACAGAGAACAGGGUUCGAAAACACAGCUUGCACAGAGAAACAGAGCACAGGCACUAAAUGCACAGGGAUAUGUAAACAACAUAGUGUAGAUAUACAAAGUAUAGAUCUGCUGUCCACUCUACACAGUGUAGAGAAAGAGAAUUCACAAAUACACAACCGUCACCUAGAGCAGGUAAGCCUUGCCAGCCAGGAUACAUCUAGAGCCUACGGAGAGGAGACAACCAAUCAACACAGUUCAGAGACACACUGCAUAGACACACACAACACAACAGACACACAGUGUUCGGACAUAUCUGGCAAACACGUGACACUUUGCAGAGAUACACCCAACACACUCAAAGCAGAGACACACUGUAGGCUCGCGCACAACAAUCACAGCUCAGACAUACACUUAUCUGACACACAAAGUGAACUUAUCCCGGAGCAUCCCACAACAGACACGCACAGUACAGAAACACACACCACAGAGACAAUCUAUACGGACACACAACCCACAGAGACAGAGAGGAGUAGCACACGCAACACAGAGACAGAGAGGAGUAGCACACCCAACACAGACACAGAGAGGAGUAGCACACCCAACACAGAGACAGAGAGGAACACAGAGAGGAGUAGCACACCCAACACAGAGACAGAGAGGAGUAGCACACCCAACACAGAGACAAAGAGGAGUAGCACACCCAACACAGAGACAGAGAGGAGUAGAACACCCAACACAGACACAGAGAGGAGUAGCACACCCUACACAGAGACACACAGCCCAGUGCCACACACUUUAGAAACCACAAGGAACGUCCAUUCAGCCAGUCCAUGUGUGGGUAUCCUCAACGGACCUGUCACAAAGACCCAGCCUCAGGCCUGCCUCGGUGCUACAAAGCUCCACAUUGAGGCAUGCGUAUCGGGUGUCCACUGCCAGGAAGAGCAUGAGGUGUGUGUCACCAACAGGAACUCAGCAGAGCCGACUGAACCGUCAGAUACGGUGAACGGGAUCUGUCCAAUCAUAUCGUCCGUGGAGGCUGGACUUCCUUUAGAGGCGGGACUUACUGUAGACGUGGGACUUCCUGAAGAGGCGGGACUUCCUUACUUGCUAGACGCCCGUGUGCCUAUACCUGUUCCUGACCCGUAUCUCUCACCGUCACUAGACAGGAAGGGGAUCAACCAGACAGAAUCCCAGUUAGCCUCACCUGUCCUACCUACUGGGCUAGAGAGUGGAGGAAUUACAGAGAUACAACAACGACAACAACAAACACAGCACUCCAGUUCACAACCCCAGGAAAAGGAUGCCGUUCAAACCCAGGGCCUAAUCCCUGAGCUCCAGGACCAGGGGGGCUCUAGCCCAGAGACACCCAGGGACAGUGACCACUCACCUGGGGAGCAUGAGUGGGAUGAGGCCUGGCUGAGGGAAGGCUCCACCUCUGUAGAGCUCAAGCCUGGUUUUGCUCAUCCUCAGUCUGACACUGAGGGGGGCAUUGAGGAAUGCCUACCCUCCAACCCUUACUCCCUCCCCCACAUAGACAGGUCGCUUUGCUCUGACAGCUUAGGGUCAGACGACUCAGAACAUUCCCAGCUGAAGACCUCAGACAGAGAUUACAGGACAGGAUCAACCCAUUCCCUGUCUGUGGAAAGAGAGGAGGAGAAGGAGGAGGAGCGAGAGGAGGAGAAAGAGGAGGAGGAAGAUAGUUAUGUUUACAGUCAGCAGGAGCAGGCAGUAGAAAGCACGUCCUGUCCUUAUUCAGCACAGUCAAACACUGUUAUAGCAGAACUCUCUGACUGUACAGACACUGUUAUAGCAGAACUCUCUGACUGUACAGACACUGUUACAGCAGAACUCUCUGACCGUACAGACACUGUUAUAGCAGAACUCUCUGACCAUACAGACACUGUUACAGCAGAACUCUCUGACCAUAGAGACACUGUUAUAGCAGAACUCUCUGACCGUACAGACACAGUUAUAGCAGAACUCUCUGACCGUACAGACACUGUUAUAGCAGAACUCUCUGACCGUACAGACACUGUUAUAGCAGAACUCUCUGACCGUACAGACACUGUUACAGCAGAACUCUCUGACCAUACAGACACUGUUACAGCAGAACUCUCUGACCAUACAGACACUGUUACAGCAGAACUCUCUGACCAUACAGACACUGUUACAGCAGAACUCUCUGACCAUAGAGACACUGUUAUAGCAGAACUCUCUGACCGUACAGACACUGUUACAGCAGAACUCUCUGACCGUACAGACACUGUUACAGCAGAACUCUCUGACCAUACAGACACUGUUACAGCAGAACUCUCUGACCAUACAGACACUGUUACAGCAGAACUCUCUGACCGUACAGACACUGUUAUAGCAGAACUCUCUGACCGUACAGACACUGUUACAGCAGAACUCUCUGACCAUAGAGACACUGUUACAGCAGAACUCUCUGACCAUAGAGACACUGUUAUAGCAGAACUCUCUGACUCUGACCAUAUUGGGCUGCCAAGCACAGAGGAGACAGAGGAUGCUAUAGUCCCCUUCAGCCCUACAGGAGUCUUCAUAGAGAUCACCAGUGAUCUGCUUGUUGACCUCAGCUCACAGGGUGUGUCUAGUGACAUAGGCCAGGGGUCAACCCAACCUACAGAGACUGAAUCUCUUCAGGGAGACAGCACAGAACCCUCUGCCUUAGAUCAGGAAGCCACGCCGCUGAGGAGGAUAAAGAUUACUGUGGGAACAGACUCUACUGUGUGUAACGACGAGGUCCAGAGCCAGCUGAAGGAGCUAGACAUCCAUCACAGCAUUUCUGGGCCUGAACUCUCUCUCUGCACCGUGCCACCCUCCAUCCUGCCUCUGUCCUGCCUCUCUGACUCCAACAACAACACCAAGGCCAGCGAAGGGUCGGUGUUGGGGUCUCCCUGUACAAGGGGUAAGGGGCCAGAGCAGUGGUCCUCCAAGGUAGAGGUAGCCCCCCAAAGCAGCUCAGAGGAGGGUGGAGAUAAAACCCAUGAUGAGUCCCCUUCCCUGACCGAGCCCUCCACGUUUACCUCUGACCUCCUGGGGGAGACACCAGACAGCCCCCUAGAAUACCCCCCUGAGGACUCUGAGGAGUUCCUGUCCUACCUGGCCUACAAGCACUACUGGAGCAGCGAGGACUCAGCCGUGUCCGGGUUGGGGGACGAGUGUCACUUCAGCUUGGCUGAGGUGGAGGAGCUAGAGAGGCUCCAGGGAGAGGGCCACGGAGACGUCCCUUAUCAGAACCAUACUGAAACUACAGGCUGUAGGAGAGAUACAUCUAACCAUACAGACACUACAGGCUGUAGGAGAGAUAUAUCUAACCAUACAGACACUACAGGCUGUAGGAGAGAUACAUCUAACCAUACAGACACUACAGGCUGUAGGAGAGAUACAUCUAACCAUACAGACACUGCAGGCUGUAGGAGAGAUAUCUCAGACCAUACAGACACUACAGGCUGUAGGAGAGAUAUAUCUAACCAUACAGACACUACAGGCUGUAGGAGAGAUAUCUCAGACCAUACAGACACUACAGGCUGUAGGAGAGAUAUAUCUAACCAUACAGACACUACAGGCUGUAGGAGAGAUAUAUCUAAACAUACAGACACUGCAGGCUGCGGGGAGGUUGUAGAGGAGGUAGUUUAUUCUAAUUGUGCUGCUAACAGUCCUUCAGACCUUUCUGAACCCUUAGCUUCCUACCUGGAGACCAGAGGCCUGCUAUUGGACAGCGCAGAGAAAGAGGAGGUGCAGCAGUCCAGCCCCCACCAAUCCCCUAACCCUCCCUCAGAGGGAGACAGACAGGACUGUAGCAAAUCACCUGGGGCUUUAGGAUUAGAGGACAGUUUGUUUGCUGAGGAGUCCAGCUCGUACAGCAGCUACCUCCAGACCAGCUCUCACCCUGCCCUCCUGCAGCAGGAUCGUGGGGUGAGGAUUGUGAGGUACCCCUACUCCGACGUCAGUCUCAACCUGCUCUCUCUCAGUAGCCUCGAGCCCAUCCUAGAGGCAGACUCCGACCGCUCCCUGGACAACACUGGGAUUGUGGAGGAUGUGACUGGAGUAGAGGUGGAGAGGGAGGAGGAAGAAGGGGAGGAGGAGGAGCGAAGACAGAGUUUUAGGAUGAGGCCUACUGAGAAAGACAGGGACAGUGUUGUCCUGUCUGGUGACAUCAUCCUGUCAAACUCCACCUCCGGCCUUGAGAGCCCGUCGUUGUGUCUCCCCGAGGACUCAUCCAGUAUCGAGUCAUCAGAGCACCAACUGGACUCGUUGACCUUUGACCCCGAUGACCUCAGGGUUAUGACCUUACCAUACGACAGGGACCAUGCAAGCAGCGAGAGACGCUCCAGUCCAACCCCCACCUCUGUGUCCUACGACUUUGACACCACCAGCACUAACAGUGAGGAGACGGAAGAGUCCAUCCUGCCUGUCUCGGGGGGGAACACCAACCUCCACAAACCCAUGAAGAGCAACUCUAAAGACAGCCAGGCAGGGAGGUCCAAGAGCUCCAAGUUCUCUGUUUUUGCCAAGAUGCCUUCUUUCAGGAAGGGGAAGAGUCUGAAGAAUGCCAAGGAGGAGGACUUGCCCCGGGACUCACCAGACCUGGGACUGAGCAGGGAUAUGGGGGGAGGACAGAUGGGACAAGGGGGAGACACCUCGGAUGAUGACAAUGUUUUCUUGAAGGGGGACAUCCUGAGCCAGACGGUUCAGCAGCCCUUCUCCUCUGGUCUGGGUGGUCGCUACGAGACAGAGCAGGAGGAUUACAGCUUCUUCCCCUCCACACCGCGCACCCGCCAUGUCCGCCUGCUCUUCAGGGAUGGGCCUGGGGACACCUCCCUGACCUCCCAGCCCGGAGGUCUCAGAGGUCCCGAGGGCCUGCACGGCUACAAGAGGAGCAAGAGCUCUGACAGCCUCAACCUCCGCAUGCGCUUCGCCCAGGCCCACAAGUCCCUGUCCAGCCUGUUUGAGUCUCGCUCCAUGGACAAGGAGAACGAGGAGGAGCAGGUGAACAUUGAGACUGGGAGCGAAGGGGAGGUGGGGCGAGCCAAACAGUCCUGGAGGAGGCUAAAGAGAGAGAGGGCCAAGGAGGCAGAGCUGCUGAGGAGGACCCUGUCUGUCCCGGUCGGGGACGGGGUCAAGGGAGGGGACGGUGAGGAUGGGGGUGUGAGGACGCCCAGACAGACCCACAGUGACUAUGCGUCCCGCUCUCCCUCAGUGCUCAGUGUCCCUGGGUCCCCCUCCUCUCUCAGGGCCCUGUGUCUCACCGACCCCCUCACUAAGAGGGGCUUCCAGGACAGUCACAGCGUGGCCGGGGAGAACACCCCACUGGGCUGCAAGUCAGAGGGCCAGAGGAGGAAAGGGAAAGUCCCACCCAACGGCCUGUCAAUCAACUUCUCUGACUCCGGACCACACUCCUCGGAUGACUCUGAAGCCCCACCCACAAACGACUCCAGCCCCCUGUCGCCCAUGAGCCCCGCCUCCCUGGCCACCCUAGCCAAUCAGCUGUCUUGGUCCAGCUCCAGGUCCCCAGGAGGAGCCUAUGAGAGCACAGCGUCUAGCAUGGCAGCAACACCAGACACCCCAGUGAGACCCAUGAGCCCCAAGCCCCACAGCCCCAGACCUGCUGCCCAGCACAGGCCCUUCCGCUACCCCCAAUCUGCCUCAUCCCGGGCCUCAGCCCUGUCCUUGCUCCUCAUGGCUCAGUCAGCCAGUGUAGAGGGCUUGUCUGACCCACCAGAGAAGCCCAAGACCCUGAAGCCCAGAGCGGGGCCGCUAGGCUCCUCUUCCCUCAGUCCAUUGGAGGACAGUGGAGUGGACAGCCAAUCACAGAUCAGCCUGCUUACACCUAUGUCCAUCAACCAGUUUGAGACUCAGGGUGGCUGUAGACCCACCAGCCAGGCAGGAGGAGAGAAGAGGCUAGCAGAGCUUAAGUCCCCUGGGUCUGGACUGGUCACUACUGCCUCAGCCCGCAGACCACCACCAGGCCACAGGCCGAACAGGGAGAGGGACAGGGGUCCAAGACGCCACCCGCUGCUCCUCAGACGACCUGUGGAUCGAAGAGGAGAAGAGACGGAAGCGGAAGCUGGCCCGAGUCGUGAGGGGCAGCCUGGGACAACUCAACACCCACUGUCCUGAAGAUCUGGAGAAAGCACGGGCUCGAGUGUCCCUGUCGACCAUGGAGGAGUUCUCCGGGAUUCCCCUGAAGGCCCACUGCUUCUCCCAGAGCACCCCAUCGGACUUGACUGUCUGGGCUGGAGACGA